GAAACGGUAUUAGUUGAAUUACUUGCCUCUCCCUUCCAUUAACGAACGCGUUCCUCUUAUCGUCUGCUUAAGCUGAGAUGUGAUCUUCUAAUGCGGAGAUUGUGCAUUUUUAAUAUAGCAUAGAAUCUUAUCCAUUUGAUAUAGGUAGCUUUUCAGCAAGUUCGAAUCAACAGUUCGUUCUGCAUUCUGCAAAGGUCCGGGCUGGCUGCGCAAAGUCGCAUCUGUCGUUACACUUCAGAGCAACAGGCAGGAUCAUCCAUCAUCAACUAGUAUUUUCGGUCCGUCUUGUUCCACUGUCACUGAAAACAUAACGUUAGCUCCCGGCUGUGCAAGCGAAUCUAUUCCAGAGCAGCUCUACACACAUCGCAAUGGCUUCUGCCGGCUAUUUCGCGCUCGAGUCGAUGGCCAAGUAUGCCUCGCCAGUCUCUCCGGCGAUCUAUCCUCAUCUUUCAUUGGUAUUGAUGACGAUUGGCCUUUUCUUCACUGGGUGGUUCUUCGUCUAUGAGGUGGCCGCUACCAAGUACACGCGACAGCUGUACAAGGAGUUAGCUAUCGCCCUUUGCGCGGCAACGUUUCUCGGCUGCGGAAUUCUCUUUUUAUUACUACUUGUCGGCAUCUGGGUUUAAAGCGGACUAAAUGUAUUCGUGCGGUAUACGGAAGCUGUUGCAAUACACCAGCGAAGAACGCGAAUGGGACGAGCGUCAUCUUCUACCUUUAUAUAUAUUAUUGACGAUGUUUAAAUCAUCAUUAUGGUAACGACAUUUACGUAACAAGCAACAUGCCCCGACGACAGGCUAUUUGUUAUGGUGCACGAAUGAAUUCGUGAGAAUGGCUGAAAGCUAACCUAAUUGUAGUCGUGGGGCAAGAAAUCGAAUGUGAGCUCGCCUAAUUAAAUGGGUAGUGACGAAGUUCUCGACAUAAAAGAAGGUGGCUUGGCGCAGUGGGACAGCGGCGGAGAAGUCAUUCGCUUAUCUACCUAUAUAUAAAUAGGCAAAUAAUAUGAUACGAACCGUAAAAAAAUGAUUAAAAUAAAAGCUAAUUUUAAAGUAAAUAUGCUUAUUUUGUGUUGUAGGUUUUUUGUUACCUGUCUAUUUUAGGAAAUCACAAAUUCUUCCCAGAGUUACAUUCAAGGUUCCGGCCGGGUUGUCGUAUGUAUAGAUUUCAUCGGAUUGUGGAUGUCUAAAUUGCAAUUCGAAGUUUAUCAUAGAUGUUCGCACUGCACACCAUUUUUUGUGGGAACGGAUCAAUACGUUCUAAAAGUAUCAUUCUUGGACUGUUGUUUGAUUCUCGACAAGUAAAUUUUGUUACCUAAUUGUAUAUCCUAUGGCCCGCGCUAUGAAUAACCAGAAGAUUUUCAAACCACGGUUUGUGACACGGUAGCGUGGUGUAGUUACAGGGAUCAAUCCGAAAUCUUUUUGAGAAACUUACUUAAACGUAACAAGAUCUCGUUGAACUACACGCACACACAGUCCAAGUAUUGAAUACGACUAGGAGUUUAGGGGAUAAACUGGAUUAACUAAAGAGCAAUUUCAUCAGAGCAAGGACCAAUCGCCUUUACAUCCGCAUCGUUGUUCACUGCUAAAAACCUAUGUGACCUGCAGGUUUCCAGGAUCUUUUCAGAACACCAAGAUUUAAGAAGAGCAUAUACAGAGGUUCAUGAUAUAGUUGACACGUACCACAUGUAGGUUCGGAUUUCGCAGCUCCGUCACGAAACGAACAAUUUAAUCGGCAAGCUGUUCAUCUUCUUCAAAAAAUGAAUCAUGGUUUCUAUUGUUGCUGAUACUGUAAGUUCAUCAAAUGAUUGUACUUUAUGGAAAAGGAAAAUAUUCAACGCUGGAACGGUAGGAAGAGGGGCCAAUGUUCUCUGCUACUUGUGGCCAGAGUCUCCUAAAUGAGGGAAAGCAGCAUUAGUCUUUGCUAAAUUCGAAAUAAUAAAAGGAAAUUCCAGAGAGAAUUCUGACAUGCUACCCAACUUCGCUUGAUAUCAUGUAUGAAAAAAAUUAGUUUGAAUGAAUAUCGACGUAUUCCGUGCUUAGAAAUAGCAUAAUAGAAA